UCCUGAUAUUGUCUGGAUCCAUCCGCUCGUUGUCUUUUCGGAAGGCCUCUUAGUCUUUAUAACGGAAAAUUCGUUUCGAUUUUUAGACUCUAAUCCUGUAUUUUUUUUCCUGGUCCGAAUUGCUCAUAGUUUUCUUAACUUGCGCAUCCCGGAGUCUGGACUUAAAGCUCUUUCGCUGGAUUGGUGUGAGCUGUUUUUGUUUACAGGUUCGGGAAUUUCUUCAGUGAAUUUCCUGGUCUUUAUCUAAUAAUUCAAUCAGCAUUUGAAUGGCUGAAUUCAUCUGCUCUUUUGGUUGUAAAUCGUGUGCCGUCAAUUUCAGUGACCUAGUUGUUAACCAUGGAAACCUGUACGCGUAGAGCUUGCUCUCAAUGUUCAAUGGUGAUUGCAGGAGUUCUGGGAUGGUUCAAGCAGAGUAGUGUAUUAUAAAGCAGAAUAUGCGAAGAUGUCUGUGGUGAUUAAACUGAAUCGAGUGGAUCGCGUUUACAGACCACCUGAUGUAAUCGGUGGAACGAUAAUCGUCGAUACUCCCUCAAGUGUUUCACACCAGGGUGUCCGUUUAACUGCUGUAGGACACAUCAUGUUGCAGCUGAGUCCCAGACAGGUGGGAGUUUUUGAGGCCCUUUAUAAAUCUGUUAAACCUAUUGAGCUCAUGCAUAAGGUUGUGGAUAUUCAAGCUCCUGGAAAACUUCCACGUGGAGAGACAGAGAUUCCUUUUGCCAUUUCCUUGGAAACACCCAAAGGAGGCAAGCUGUUCGAAUCCUUUCAUGGAGCCUACAUUAAUAUCCAGUAUCUGCUUACAGCUGAACUUAUCAGAGGAUAUCUUCAAAAACAGAUGUCAUCAAUGAUAGAAUUUAUGGUGGAAGAACGAAACGGUAUAUGCUUUUCAUCAGCCUGCUCCGCGAGGUGUUAUUGUUGCUUAGAAAGUGGUAAGAUUAUUGCAGAACAAAUACCCAGAGGACUCAUUGAAUCAACAACAGUAAAUUUCUACAUCACCCACGACACACAGAAACACAUGAUUUCUCCAGUCCUUCGGUCAGGAGGCUUUAAAAUCACUGGACGUGUUGUUACUCAGUGCUCUUUGUCCGAGUAUGUUACGGGUGAGUUGACAGUCGAGCAUUCAUGUGUUCCCAUAAGCUCAAUCGACCUUCAGCUCCUACGGGUGGAAUCAGUUGCUGCCAGUGACAGAACUGCCACUGAGACCUCGGAGAUUCAGAGCACUCAGGUGGCAGAUGGUGAUGUUUGUCGAGGGCUUGCAGUGCCUAUCUACAUGGUCCUUCCUCGCCUUUUAACAUGCCCCACAUUGGCUACCGGGGCGUUCUCUUUGGAGUUUGAACUGUCAAUCGUUGUCACAUUCGAAGUAGGAUUGUCAAGGCACGCCCUCUUGUAUGAUCCAAACGCAACUAAGAUGGUGUCAGCGAAUGAGACUCUGCCAUUGAGGCUUAUGCGAAUUUGAUUCACAGUCUUCGCUGAUCCAAAAGUUUGCAAGAUACUAUGUGUGUGCAAAAGACACGCACUGUAUAUCAAACUUUUGUUCGUCUACCAUCUGGUGCUGGGUACUGGAGGUUAUCUGCCCAUACACCUGAACUGGACUUUUCAGGUUGAUACAGGAAGUAGCUGAUAUUUUGGUGACGAGACAUGAAGUGGGUUUCUAUCACUCGCCGAUAUUCGCACUAAAUGUGAGUAUGAAUUAGCAGAUAUGAUGAACUUCAUCAUGCUGAUAAGUCUGAAAUUUUAGUCGAAUGCAAUUCAGCUCUUUAUCGGCUUUGGAAGCUAGUUCAGUUUUCUUCGCUGCUCUAAUCCAAACCUUUAACCUUGAGAGGUGCAAAGAACGAUCAAAUCCCAGCGAGUUACUAGAAGGAUCCAAGAUCAGAGAGCAAAUGCACACGUUGCUGGAACAGAAGCUGACCAUAUUUCCCUUCCAGGACUUAUAUUGGUUAGGUGCUAAGUUUCAAAAAACUGGAAUACGACUCCAUUGUUGCAGGUUCAAGCGCAACACUCAGAUUGAUUUAAGCCCUCAAGUUUUUGCAGUGUAUUAAUUUAGUACUCUUCCAAAAGUUUUCCUGUGGACUUCCCCUGUCGCUUUUUAUCGGUAUUCACCCUUUCUUGA